GCUUCAGUUGCUUGGGCGAUGCGUUGCUGAGCGGUCAUAGCCACCAAAUAGCCCGCCCAUUCCGCCGAUCCCGCGAUUCGUUCGGUUUUGCCCAGCGAUAGCCACCGGUUUUCAGCUUUGUUGGCUCUGCUGGUGUGCUUUUUUGCUGUGUUUUUUUUUGUGAUCCGCUUGGUUUUUAUUUACUUUUUUAUUUUUGUGCUGUUUUAUUUUUUGUGGUGCUGUUUUGUGUUGGCUUGCCGUAUUCACAGUGCUCGACGCACUCAAUAAACAUCAUCGAUACGUAUACGUAUUCCCUUAUCAGAGACCGAAAAAAGGUCGUGUCAAAGGUGCGUUUGAUAAGGCGGACAGCGGAAAGUGGUCAGUGCUGACUGAAGAUGAUCUUGGCGAGAGGGAACUUCCUUCUGGGCCUCCUGGUACUGGCAACAUCCGCCCAGCUAACAGUUGGGGAUGAGGGUGAUGCGUGCACGUUGAAGUCGGACAUUCCCGGAAUUUGCCGCGCUUCCUCGGCCUGUGACAAUAUCGAAGGAUACCUCAGGUCGGGGGCACUGUCCACCAGCCAGGUGCCGAGCUGUGGUUUCGGGGCGCGCGAGGAGAUCAUCUGCUGCCCCACCGUCGCCUGCUGUUCCACUGACCGAGCUCCCGAGGUCCAGGUCCCUGCCACGAGCUCUGAACGCAGCAGGCUACCCGAUCCAGAUCCAGAGCCGAAACCACUGCCUCCCACGACCACCGAACGGAUAAAGGAAUCUCGACUGGACGAUAACCAGAACUUCUUUGACUUCAACAAGAUACUUAGCACCACGGUCAAGCCACAGAAGACCCACGAGUCCUUGAAGAUGCCCACCCACCAGUCCAUGAAUAAGCCCGACCACCAUUUCACGAAUAUGCCAACCCACCAAUCCAUGAAUAUGCCAACCCACCAAUCCAUGAUUAUGCCCAACCACGGGUCCAUGAAUAUGCCCACCCACGAGUCCAUGCAGAACAUGGGUGCUUGGGGAAUAUCUCAUCCUACACCCACACACCCGCAGUGGGGCUGGGAAAACCGAGAGCCCCGGAUUGUAAAUCGCCCGUUGACCACGCCCCGCUCGAGACCGCAAAGGCCGCAGAAUCCUGAUCCAGGCUUUAAUAACAACAAUCUUAUCCACUUGGUCAACGACCGAUUGCGGCAGCAGGGAAUGGAGAUCGAGCCAGCCCGGGAAGUGCCCAUGGAACCCCAAGCCCCGCCCGCCCCCACGCCGAUGCCCACAAAUGUGAUGGAUCCAUUCGAGCCCUACAAAUUCCGGGGCCAGGACAGGGACGUGGAGCCCCAACCAGAACCUUGGAAGGAGCCGAGCAACGAUCUGGACGCGACACCCAGUCCCAGCGCCUUAACUCCAGUCGAGAUGCGUUCGACGACGCCCAGCACCAGUCCUUCGCGCGUUAAUGUCCCGGAUAAUGAGCGACCAGCUGCGUUAGCCUGUGCGAGGAUCCGGUCCGGCGACAGGCCCCUAACCGUUCACAUCCUGGGCGGCAUACCCGUGGCCCUGGGAAUCUAUCCUCACAUGGCGGCCAUUGCAUACAACACCUUCGGGACCGUGGAGUUCCGCUGCGGCGGAUCGCUCAUCGCCAGUCGCUUCGUCCUCACUGCCGCCCAUUGCGUCAAUAGUGACAGCACUACACCAGCCUUCGUCCGUUUGGGUGCCGUGGCUAUCGAGAAUCCCACGGCGGGCUAUCAGGACAUCAACGUGGUUGACAUCCAGAUUCACCCGAACUAUACGAGCAGUAGUAAAUACAAUGAUAUCGCCAUCCUGGAACUGGCUGAGGAUGCGAAAGAGUCCGACACCAUUCGUCCUGCCUGCCUCUACAUAGAUCGCGAUGGUCCACCCCCUGACUCGAAAGUUUAUGUCGCCGGUUGGGGCGUUAUGAAUGUGACUAAUCGGGCCAGGUCGAAGAUCCUGCUGCGGGCUGGUCUGGAUCUGGUGCCUGUGGACAAGUGCAAUGCAUCCUUUGCCGAGCAGCCGAGCACCAUCCGGGCCUUGAAGCGGGGUGUGAUCGAUUCGCUGCUGUGUGCGGCGGAUAAGAAGCAGGUGAAGGACGCCUGCCAGGGCGAUUCCGGGGGUCCGCUCAUACUGGAGACGGACGAGGUGGACGGCUUGUACUCGAUCCUGGGCGUAAUCUCCGCGGGCUUCGGCUGCGCCACCAAGACCCCGGGCCUCUACACGCGAGUGAGCUCCUUCCUGGACUAUAUCGAGGGUAUUGUGUGGCCGGCAAACCGGGUGUGAGGAUUCUUUUGAUCUGCAAUAAACUUAGUUUGAACGGA